CCUCCCCUCUUUUUCCUCUCCGCACAUUCCGCAUUAUAGAGAAGACUCUCAUUCCUACCAGAAGCCUAAACUGCGCCGUCAGGCAUCCCUUACCGCAACGAAAGACCGCAUAAUCCCUGAUCAUCGCGUCUGAAAGACUUGCGACUGUCUCCUUAUCAAAGAUGUCCUACAACAAACAGGAUCAGCCUCCUCCGUCCUACCCUCCUCCCACCCACGACGCCGGUCCCUACCACCAAGGCGCAUCGCAAGACUACUACCAGCAGGGCGGCUACCCUCAACAAGGCUACCCUCAACAAGGCUACAACCAGGGAUAUCCGCCUCAGGGCUAUGGUCCCCCGCCGCAGCAGGGAUACUACGGUUCUCCUCCGCCUCAAGGCCAGCCGAUGUACUAUCCUCCGCCGCAGCAGCAACAAGGUUACUACGCCGGACAAGACCGGGGUGGAUCCUCGGGAGGUGGUAUCUGCGCGGGUAUAAUGGCUGCAUUGGCCUGCUGUUGCUGCUUGGAUAUCCUGUUCUAAGAUGAGAGGAGUGCUGUCUUCGGUGAUUUUGAACUACUGUUGGGAUUUGGUUCUCUGCGUUUUUUCUCGUCUAGAUUGGAUGCGAUUGCCUACUACUACUGAUACUGUAUUGCCAUUCUUUGGUUGGGCGCAAGGAUUCACGGAGCACGGUUCGCGCGCGGGGUUUUGUCUGUGUUUCUAUAUUUGGUUGAUUUUCAGUCGGGUCAGUCAGGUCAGGUUAGGUUUGACUGGCGUCGGCGCUUAACGGCGCAUGGUCUAUGGAUGACUACUCGAGUCGGUUUACUUUCGUUGAAAUCCAAUCAUUUUUAUAUCGG